UUUCUUUCUUUGCUUGCUCCCUCCUAGGCUCUCCCCACUCUCUUGCAAACAAUGGCCCGUUUCAAGGCGAAGCAACCAUCAUCGGGAGCCGCCGAGAAGAAGAAGCCUCGAAUGAGCAACGCCGAGAGGUCUGCUUACUUCUCGAGGAGGGAGGCGGCCAAGGUACUGCGAUCAGUUCUUCAAGGAGACGCUCAUCGACGAGCCGUAGCCUCCAUAAAGUCCCUCGUUUAUAGCCCGUCUAUUAAGAACAAGAAGGCUACUUUCGCUCUCGUUUGUCAAACCCUCAAACAUCUUCCUAUCAUUAAGGAUGUGCUGGAGGGUGCUAACAUAUUGAAUAGUAGAUGGAAGAGGCAAGUGGAAUUGGUUUAUAUAAUCACAUAUGAUAUUCUUUUUGGUCAGGAAAUUUCAUUUGUUGGUGAAGCGGAGAAAUUUUUGCUACAGAGAAAAGUCUCUCUUCAGUCUGCUUUAGCUCGGCUUUUGGUGAGGAAAAAGAUGAAGCGCAUUGAAGAUUUGUUAGACCAUUACCAAACUCCUGAUGUUUCAAAACCACGAUAUGUUCGUGUCAACACACUUAAACUGGAUGUUGAUUCUGCCUUAAUUGAAUUGAGGAAACAAUACAUGGUGGAGAAAGAUGACCUGGUCCCUGACUUGUUAAAACUCCCACCAAAAUGUGAUCUUCAUGAUCACCCUUUGGUCAUGAAUGGAAGUGUGUUUAUGCAAGGGAAAGCAAGUUCUAUGGUGGCAGCGGCUCUUGAUCCUGAACCAGGAUGGGAGGUUCUUGAUGCAUGUGCAGCUCCAGGGAAUAAAACUGUCCAUCUCGCUGCUCUUAUGAGAGGGAAAGGAAAGGUCAUAGCCUGUGAACUGAACAAGGAAAGGAUAAAACGUUUAGCAGACACUGUCAGACUAUCUGGCGCAUGUAAUAUUGAAGUUUUUCAUAGCGAUUUUCUAAGCUUAGACCCAAAAGAUCCUCCAUACUCCAAGGUGCGUGCCAUUCUUUUAGAUCCUUCCUGCUCUGGAUCUGGUACAGUUGCUGAGAGAUUGGACCAUCUGCUUCCAUCUCAUGCUGCGGGUCAAUCAGCAAAUGUUGAUGAAACAGAGAGACUUACCAAGCUGGCCGCCUUUCAAAAGAAAGCGCUAACACAUGCACUGUGCUUUCCCCAAGUUGAGAGAAUAGUCUACAGCACUUGUUCCAUCCACCAAAUUGAAAAUGAAGAUGUUGUCAAGUCUAUUUUACCCCUUGCUGCAUCUCAUGGUUUUCGACUAGCAACACCUUUUCCCCAGUGGCACCGUCGUGGUCUUCCGGUUCUAGAAGGCUUUGAACAUUUGCUCCGGACUGACCCGGGUGAGGACAAAGAAGGCUUUUUCAUUGCUCUGUUUAUCAGGGAAGAAGGAUCCGUAAUCCACCCAUCGCUGAGCCCUGAUUCAUCUCAUCUGUCUCUUGUAGAGCGUACUAAAAAGAAAAAUCUUAGCAAGAAAGAGGCGAGAAUUAUAAUGCCAACCCUGUUUGGCGGAAUGUUUAAAAUGUUUUUAUAUUCUAAACCUAGUUUUAGGGUUAACCUGAAAUAACAGCCUGCUAUUUGAUUAAAUUUUUUUUAUCAACCCUGUUUUGUCAUGUUACCUCCCAAGUUUUAAUACAAUUUGCUGCAAGUCUUUCCCUU